UAGGAGCCAGCAGUGCUCUUCGUUUAAUGUGAACGGUGUCCUUUAGGACCCUGCAGACUCCGAGGUGACCGUGGACGCUGUUCAGCUUGCCUGCGCUCCUCGUGUUUUGUCUCUCAGAGGAGUCUCCGGUGUCACCGUGUCGCCAUCCUAACGGAUUUUAGGUGCACAAGCUGAGACGGAGCGGCUGCCCUGAUGCUUCGGGGCUUCGUCUCGGCCGUAAACGGACUCCGGUUUGGAUUUGAGGGAGGUGCGGAUCCGCCGGCGGCAUGAACGACAGGUACCACCGAGCCGCUCGGGACGGCUACCUGGACCUGCUGAAGGAGGCCACCAGGAAAGAGCUGAACGCGCCGGACGAGGAUGGCAUGACCCCGACGCUGUGGGCCGCCUACCACGGCAACUUGGAGGCGCUGCGCCUAAUCGUCGGCAGAGGGGGUGAUCCGGAUAAGUGUGACAUAUGGGGCAACACUCCGCUGCAUCUGGCAGCUGCCAAUGGCCAUCUGAAUUGCCUCUCCUUCUUGGUGUCGUUUGGGGCCAACGUCUGGUGCUUGGACAAUGACUACCACACCCCCUUGGACAUGGCGGCCAUGAAGAGCCACAUGGAGUGUGUCCGCUACUUGGACUCCAUCGCCGCAAAACAGACAGCUUUGAACCCCAAACUGGUCAGCAAGCUCAAGGACCGUGCCUUCCGCGAGGCAGAACGGCGCAUCAAGGAGUGCGUCAAGCUCCAGCGUAAGCACCACGAGCGCAUGGAGAAGAAGUACCUGAAGGAGGCAUCUGAAGCCUCGGAUAUCAUGAGCCUGUCGAGCUUCUCCAGCAGCACCCUGAGCCGCAAGCUGCACCACCUGACAGUGUCCAACAUGUCCAUGCCAUACUCCCAGGCCACUCUUCACGCCACCGCCAAGGGGAAAACCAAAAUCCAGAAAAAGCUGGAGAGGAAGAAGCAGGUGGACGGCACGUUCAAGAUCUACGAGGACGGCCGUAAGAGCGUGCGCUCGCUCUCGGGACUGCAGCUGGGCAACGACGUCAUGUUUGUGAAGCAAGGGACUUACGCAAGCCCCAAAGAGCGGACGCGGAGGAACAUUAGGGACAUGUUCCCGGCGGACGAAGAUGCGGUUUCUCGUGCCAUAAGUGACCCCGGUCUGAAUCACGACUCUGCCUACUCCGAAAUCAGCACCGACUCGGGUCACGACUCUCUUUUUAACCGGCCCGGCUUGGGUACCAUGGUGUUUCGUCGGAACUAUGUUAGCGGCGGGUUAUUCGGUAUUGGCCGGGAUGAUGCCAGUAUGCUAGACAGUGAUCUGCCUGGUAGGACUGCCAACGUCCGUCUCCGCAGCCGGCUCCAGCGCUCACCCAGCCUCAACGACAGCAUUGGCAGUGCCACCAGCUUGCAAGAGCGUAACCUGGAAGAGCUUCCUUGGGAGGAAGAGGAUCUGGGCCUGUAUGAUGACGACGAGCCCGACACGAGUCCCUUAGAGACGUUCCUGGCCACCCAUGGCAUGUCUGAGUUCAUCCAGAUCUUUAAAAAGGAGAAGAUUGACCUGGAAGCGUUGAUGCUCUGCACAGAUCACGACCUCAAAAGCAUUAACAUCCCCUUGGGCCCCCGCAAGAAGAUGCUGGAUGCCUGCAAGAGGAGGCGGGAAACACUGGAGGGGCCUGAGGCGAUUGAGGACACUGACCUGUGAGGGGAUGACACAAGGUGGCUGUGCAAUUAUGUGAAGGAAUGUCACAAAGGUGGUGGGUGGGACAUCUUCUUGGUAUUUGUAAUCAAGCAGCCUUGUCCAGCACCCACAAUUUAGGCCACUGUUUUGGAACGACCCCUCAAAGUGUUUAGCAAUUCAUCCAACUAAGUAGGUAGAGAGACCGAUUCCAAAUGGCACAGCGGGCAAAGUCUGAGCAUCUGCCAAAGCAUGAGGCAGAUCUCAGUUCAGUCGUACGUCACUACAUGUAUGGUUGAAAGGUACACGGGCCCUUUCGGAAUUAAACUUGGGUCCUGGCAUGACUGCCGGUAUGGGGUCCCUGGGGCUCACCCAGCAUUGCCCCCCCCCUGCCCCCCCAUGUGAUUCCAAGCCACAUUGCAACCACCUUCACCCUCU